AUGGAUGCCGCCGCCCGCAAGAGAUCCCGGCCGGAGUCCGCCAACGGAGGCGCCGCAGGCGGGAAGCGCUCGAGAGAAUCGGAGUCACAACAAACUGGUCUAUCAAGCAAAUCGAAGCCUUGCACCAAGUUUUUCAGCACUGUUGGGUGCCCCUUUGGUGAGGGCUGUCACUUCGCGCACUUUGUCCCUGGUGGAUACCAGGCAGUAUCAAAAUCACACAGCCUAGGCCAUGCUGCUGUGUCUGCACCGUCAAGAGCUCCAGCGGACCAUGCUGCUUCUGGUGUCAAAACACGCAUGUGCACCAAGUACAACACUGCAGAAGGCUGCAAGUUUGGUGACAAGUGCCAUUUCGCCCAUGGCGAGAGGGAGCUUGGCAGGCCACCAUCCUCCUACAUGUCCCAAGAAAGUUCCUAUGCUCCUCCUAUGGGUGGUCGAUAUGGAGGUCGACACGAACCACCUCCGCCAGCUUCGAUGGGUCCUCCUGCUGGAAACUUUGGCGCCUCGUCUACCUGCAAGGUCAGUGUUGACGCCGCUCUCGCCGGAGGCAUAAUCGGGAAGGGCGGGGUCAACACGAAGCAGAUCUGCCGCAUCACAGGGGUCAAGCUCUCGAUACGUGACCACGAAUCAAACCCAGACCUGAAGAACAUUGAGCUGGAAGGCAGCUUCGACCAGAUAAAGCAAGCCAACGACAUGGUGCGUGAUCUCAUUGCCAGCAUCAGCGCCAGCACCCCGUCGAAGAACCCAGCCAGCGCAGCAGCCCCCGCAGGCCGAGGCGGUGGCGGCGGCGGGGGCGGGCCUGGAGGCAGGAGCAACUACAAGACCAAGAUAUGCGAGAACUUCCUCAAGGGCACCUGCACUUUCGGCGAGCGCUGCCACUUCGCCCAUGGCGAGACCGAGCAGCGGAAGGGUGCCGCCGUCUGA